AUGCUACAGGCAUUAAGCGUGAGGACUCUAAUGGGAAGCCGACACCAGGAAAUUUAUGUGGCCGUAGGAAGAGACGUGUUAGAAAGUGUCUCUGUUCUCAAAUGGGCUCUUCACAACAAUCGAGCGGGCUCUCUGAUUUUACUUCAUGUUCAGCUUCCGAUUACCACCAUUCCGUCGCCGAUUGGGAAAAUUCCUGUUCAGCGAGUAUGUAAGAAUGUGUUGAAUGCGCACAAGGAGGAUGAAAAGAAAAAGUUAAAUGAUUGCAUGGAAUUUUACUUACAGAUUUGCUCCCAAGCUAUGGUGAGAGCAGAACCUUUGAUAGUCGAGAAGGAGGAUGUUUGCAGAGGAAUUGUCCAGGUGGUUUCAGAGCUGAGUAUCACGAAGCUUAUAAUGGGUAAAAGAUCCAAGAAAUCGAAUAUGCAAGUAACAGGCAAAGCGGGCUACGUGAUAAGGCACGCGAUCAACUCCUGCGACAUAUCGAUUAUCUGUAGAGGAAAACUUAUAGCGGCGAGGGAAGGAUCUGUCCUAGAUAAUGGUCUAUCAAUGGCAUUCCAAUCAAACUUCCAACGGCAUUUGGCCGCUUCAACUGAAACUCGGGCGCAUUUUCCAGUUCAAUCUCGUUUAGAAACUACACCCUCCUCCAUUAACCUUGAAUUCCACGAAUACCCAUUGGAAGACAUCAAAGCGGCAACAGGGAACUUCUGCAACCAUUCCAAACUUGGAGGCGGCGGAUAUGGAACUGUUUACAAAGGCAAAAUAGGACAUGCAACGGUUGCAGUGAAAAUUGUAGGUGAGGACAGUUUUCAGGGCCGGCAGGAGUUCCAACGUGAGAUCGAUAUUUUAAGAGACAUUCGGCAUCCCAAUUUGGUGAAGGUGAUAGGAGCGUGCUUUGAGGACGGAUGUAUACUUUAUGAAUAUAUGACCAACGGAAGCCUGGCAGAUCGUCUGAGCUGCAAAGACUCCACUCCGUCGCUUCCCUGGUAUGCCAGAAUUCGCAUUGCCGCGGAUGUUUGCUCCGGUUUACAAUUUUUACACAGUUUAGAGCCAGAUCCAAUAGUCCACCAUGAUCUUAAGCCCGAAAACAUACUUCUCGACGAGAAUUAUGUAGGCAAAAUCAGUGACUUCGGCCUUUCUCGUCGUCUACAUCGAGAUGUGCACAAAGAAUCGGAGCCCAAAGGCACAUUUGCAUACAUGGAUCCAGAAUACCUGAGAAGCGGUGAAUACUCUACCAAAUCCGAUGUUUACAGCCUGGGAAUUAUUUUUCUUCAGCUUCUUACCGGGAAACCGGCAUUAGGAGUACUAAAGGAGGUUGAAUAUACGCUAAAAAAUGGAAAACUGGUUGAGGUUUUGGAUCCUUCAGCCGGUGAGUGGCCUUUCGCACAGGCUAAACAACUGGCCGAUCUUGCCUUACAUUGCACGGAACCAGUAAGAAAGAAGAGACCGGAUAUUCAGCCAACUGUGAUGCAAAGGCUAGAUGAGCUUCGAAAGUUUACCAUCGCUGCUACCGAGGCCUGGAGAUUAUCAAUCUGAAUCUGUUCUGCAAAUUAACUAUAGAAUAACAGAUACAGCAGAAAAUGACUAUUGACAGUUAUAGGAAAAAGCAUACAUCAGUCAUGGGAAAACAACAACUUAUAACUCAAGCGAUGAGCAGAAACUAAUACAUAUUAAUUCUUAAUUUUCCUGUACAUUUCUGAAUUUGCAGACUUAAGACACCAUGUCAGUUUUACUGACUGUUGGUGUCAGA